AACGACACCAUGGCGAAUCUGUUGCGCGGUGUUCGUGAAGCCGCGGCAGAUGCGUUCUACCGCAUACGAGGCGAAGUCUUGGCGAAGGAGAAAGGUGCUCCCUACGUGGAGGAGAUCGUGCACUCCGACGAAGACGACGACGUCCAGGUGGUCGAACGGCCCGCCGCGGGGGAGACAAAACAAGCCUCUACCAGUUCGAGUGACUUUGACAGACACCAGUCACGAUUCAAACCACCAGCUCGACACUCCAUUGCAAGUGCUAGUCUAGAACAUGUCAGCUCAGGAUUCGCCGCGGUGCUGUUGCCGGCAAGCGAGCCGAAAAGACCAAGCUCUACGACCGCGGCUGGAGCAGGAACGGUCGCGUGCACGCAUACCAUGCUCUGCGAACGAUAUGUGGGUGCGACUAAGCUGUUCUUUCACCACGUCCGUGGUGAACUUGAGAUUCAAUUCUUGGCCAAGAACCCCGUGGCCACCAUCAGCAAGUACUGCAAGGCCAACGACGACAUCAAGCGGCUGUACCUUCCUUUUAACGAGAUUAAAGCGAUCGGAUACGGCGAGGCUGAAACACUCAAGUUGGUCGUAUUUACGUUGAACAAGAGCUCGAACGUUGUGAGGUUGCAGGUCUCCGGCGCAGACGGCCCACCGCCUGUCCCCGAAUGUGCGUUUGCAUUCGACGAUGACGUCGAGCUGGCCAAGAUGCAAAGUCUCCUGGCCAUCCAUUUCGCACAGCUGCCCAACACGUUGCUGCCGUUUGACGUGUCGGAAAAGUACCUGCGCAUUGCCAACCGUCGAUUCAAGAAAGCAACCAAGUAUUUCGACUACGUCGACGAGAAUGCUUUCCAUGCCAUGACAACGCGCCGUGCCGAAAAGCGCAAGCUGGCGGGACUGUCUGCCUUGUUUGACGGGCCUGCCAUCACAGGCACGACGUUUGCAUCGUCUCGGGCUAAACUGCACGAGUCGACGGCUGUCCCGACCCAGACAGACAACGCAUCGUUGGCUCCGACCAACGACGACCGCACAGCAGUCGUUGUGGACUCCCCGCCUCGAAAGCAGCGCUACACAGACGAAGAAAAAGCGGCGCGGCAGGAGGCCAAAGACCGCGUAGUUGUCCAUUAUCCCAUGAAGCAAGCUAAGAAUCGCAUCACGCUGACCGAAGGCGACCUCGGUCGUCUCGAGGAAGGCGAAUUUCUUAACGACAACCUCAUCGACUUCUUCUUCAAGUACUGCUACCAGCAGUUGGACGCGUGGCAACAGGACCUCAUGUAUUUUUUCAGCACGCACUUCUACACGACGCUCGUGCAGCAGCAAAAGCAGGAAUCCCAACACCAAGAAGCCGACAAGGUGCUGACGACCAGCAUGGCGGCAGUCAACCCAUUUGACAAGAUUCGGCGGUGGACUAAACACAUUUCGAUCUUUACGCAGCGCUUUCUCUUUGUCCCGAUCAACGACAAUUGCCACUGGAGCUUGGCCGUCAUUUGCAACCCUGGAUACCUCGCUCAACCUGCCCUCGUUGAACAUGGUGGCAGCGAUGCGCCGUGUAUUCUCUUCUUCGACUCGCUGCAAUGCCACAACAAGGUCAAGAUCAUCGCGUCGUUGCAAACGUACUUGGAAAACGAAUUUUACUCGCGGUACAGUGACCACGGCAUCACGUUUGACGUGACGCUGGCGACGCUCGUGGAACCCGAGGUUCCACGGCAAACCAAUUCGUGCGAUUGUGGCGUGUUUGUCCUUUUGUACGCGCUGGAACUCAUCAAGCGAUACCCCGGCGGAGUCCGCAAGGAUGACGUUGACGUGCAAUGCCGAAAUUUACUCCACGAAGUCAUGUUUUGCCACCAAAACAUUGUCGAGUUUCGAGACUAUUUGCAGACGCUGCUGGGCGUGCUCUCGGUCUGGCAAUCCGCCGAGAUCGUCGAUACAAAAGAAAAGCUCGACCGCGCAGGCAUGGGCCUCUUUACCAACAGCUUCACAUCAUAGGAAACCUUAUUUAUUCGUACGACGUGGCCUCCGCAACACAGCUCUUGUCGAUCACGACGUCAGGGGGUUGGCGAUAUCGCUGCCCCUCGAAACCACGACGACCGGCGCGGCGGCACUGUGCGUUGCCUUGGCCAUCUGGACGAGUCGCGCGAAGCCUUCGACCAUGUACUGCUGCUGCCACUUGGUCUCCGUCUCAAGGUCCAACGUCCGACCGUCUGUCACAAGCGAGAAGCAGUGGUCGUCCUUAAUCGUUGGGUGCUUCAUUUUCAAAAACGCACGCGACGUUUCGCACCCCG